AAAAAAACUCUGAAGAAUGCCGUUUUAAAUUUUUUUUCUUUAACAAGAUGACGUUUUUUGCAACAUAAAAUUCAAACCAAACGGCUGAAUGUCAUGUGUGUAAAUGCGUGUGUUCGCUCCGGGUCAGUAGGGGGCAGUAAACACCGGCACCGUUUGUUUACAUUCUGAACACAGAGAAGAAACAGGAACAGCCAUGGCUGUGGCUGACAGCGGGGUAAAACCCCUGCAAAACGCCAUGAAAAUGGCCAAAGUGGCGAUUCAGCUGGACGCAGGAAACAAACAUAAGGAGGCGUACUGUGAAUACCUUCGGACCAUCAGCUUCAUAUCACAUGUACUUUUGGAAGCAGCUGAAUCACAAAAUGAGAAGGAUGUGGAGGUGCCGGAGGUGGAGGUGGGGGUGGGUCGGAUGCUGAGACUGGCUGAACAGUGUCUGGAAAGAGCCAAGUCAUUUAUAGGAAAGAGCUCCGCCCCCUCCGACCCAUCAUUGUCCACUUCUGCUCCUUGUCCCAUCCCUGCCUCUUCAUCUGGCCAAUCCCAGCAUGAGCCAACUGUCCCACCCCCUACCACUGCUGCUGCUGCCUACACCGGCUCUCCGUCUGUUAGUCCCGUUGACACAAGGCCUGAUGUGUCCAGCCCAACAAACAGACACCGCAGGGGUGGGUCAGAUGGUGGGGGGGUGGAGCACUCUCCUUUUGUGCCUCCUGAAGUCUUCCAACGUCUACAAACUGCCGAGUCACAUGACCAGAGCAAAAAGGAGCUGACACCCAUUGAAGAAGCAUCCCGUCUGAAUCAGAAGUUGAAAGCCAGUUAUGAGGCUCGUGUGGCGAGGCUCAGCCCUGGUCAGGCGUACCAGAAGACGUCUCUGACUCUGUCUCUCCAGCGGCAGAUGAUGGAGAAUCUCAUCAUCGCCAAAGCCAGGCAGGAUGCUCUCCAGAGGAAAAUGGAAGAGAGAAGAUUACGACUACAGGAAGAGGCAAACAGGAGAUUUGCAGCUUCUGGGGCGAUGACAGCCGAGGACCAGGAACAGCGUAUUCUGUACACAAACGUCCUGGAAUAUGAGCAGGACCAUGAUUGGCCCAAACAGUGGAAAUCCAACCUGAAGAGGAAUCCAGAUAAUGUGACAUUAGUGUCUGAACUAGUGUCCUACCUGCUCAGCCAGUCGGACCAUCCAGUGGUGAAGCUACUGAGGAAGCACCAGUACCGAGUUUACAACAAGCUCUACCCCAUCGUCAGUAAAGGCCCCCCCCCCAGCCCUGCAGGAACACCGAGACCGUCACGGAGCACCCGGGACCUGUUACAGCCAGACGCUCAGAGGACGUCCAUGUGGACAGGAAGCGGUGUCGUCUGCAGUCAGAGCUUCACUGACUCGUCACUGUCGCCGUCACUCUCUCACCACCUCAACACCGACGAUGAAGGGGAGGAGGGGGUGGAGCCUAACAUGCACACCGCCGUUGACCGGGAGAACUCCUUUGAAGAUCUGGAGCACUUUCUGACUCAGCUGGACUGGGCCCCGCCCCUCCACGCAGGCUUCGGUUCAGAGCCGACCCCCGACCCAGACGCGGAGGUGGACCCAGAGCCGGAUCUGGGUGAGGACCAGAUCCAGGAGCUGGAGAUGAGGGCGCUCAAAGAACACCUGAAGGGUGUGGUCAAAGACGUUCACAUCGCCAUAGAUCAGCUGUUGUCUCUAUGUCUGCUGUCCUUUGAGUGUCUGAACACAUCCACAUCUAAAGACCUUUGCCUGGCCAUCAUUGAGGAGGCCUUCUUCACCCCCCUGUGGAGCCCCCUGGUGGCUCUGUUCAGGACGGUCCACAGGGACAAGGAGCAGGCCUUUGAGCUGAGUAUGAAGCUGUACAGAGAUGCUUCACCUGGAGAUGUGGGUGUCCCGCUCAAACUGUUCCCCCCAGACCCUGAUGCCCUGCAGGGUUCCUACCCCUACCAGUCUGCUGUCCAGGAGCUCAGGCUUCUGCUCAAAGACACCUGCCCACAGAGGAAGUUGGACUGUAUCGUGAGGACGUUACGCCUGAUCUGUGCCUGUGCCGAGGAUUACCGAUGUCUCCAUGAAGCCGAAUCUACUCCCAAAACUGCCGCCAUUGGGGCAGAUGACCUGUUGCCCAUCCUGUCCUUCGUGGCCCUGCGUUGUCAGUGUCCUCAGCUAGUGUCUGAAUGCGCCGCCUUGGAGGAGUUCAUUCAUGAAGGAUAUUUGAUAGGAGAGGAGGGAUACUGUCUGACCUCCAUGCAGAGUGCCUUAGCCUACGUGGAAUCACUUCACACAGGAAGAGCCCACCCCCACGCCGACAGGGUCAUCUGAACCAGGACUAGGCUGAAACCAGACUGAACCGACCCCUGAACAGACGGACGUCCAUCCAUCCAUCCAUCCACCCCAGCUCAGACCGGAGCCUCAGACUGUGGGUUGGAUUUACUCAGUUUUAGUUGAACGACUGGAACCGUUAAAGGUAUUCAGGUAUACCAGAUUGAAUAAAACUGACCAAGUUGAACAAAACCCAGUUCAUGUCCAGAUGAUGAUGACUGCGACAGUAGCUAUUGAUGUGGUUCGGAUCCAUCUCCUGCUGUUCAGACUGGGUUUUUAACCCAUGGACCCAGUUGAUUUUUGUUUUUUUGUUUUUUUUUUACUCAUUCCACUGAGUUUCAACUCUAGUUUUUCUCUGAUGGUUCUGUUUUCAAACGGACAAAAACAUGUGAUUUACAGACAUAUUAGUUUAUGGUCACUGAAUGUGGAGGAAACCAGACUCAACAAAUGGUCUUUCAUUUUCAAUGUUAAACCGAAUGGAGAAACGUCACAAUGAUCUGGUUCUGAUCCAAGAUGGAAAUGCACCGAUCUAGAAUUUACAGUGGAGUUCCUUCAACAUCAAACUAAUCCAACAGAUGUUCCAUUAUCUGAGGAAGGAAAUCCGCUCAGUUCCAAGUAUAAACAGAACCACUGUUGGACCUGUUUAUUUAUAUUAGCCUCGUUUACAUCUUCAACUUUAUUAUUUUUUGCCUCAUGUUCGCAGCUUCAUCUUCUACCUUUUCUUUAUUAAGCUUAAGAACCAGAGUCUUGGUGAUCUGAUUUGCACGUCCUGUUUUUGUGCUUUUGUUGCGUUCAGAGGCUCCUCCACCCUCUGUUUCUUGUAGAAAUGGUUGAUGAUUUGAUGCUUAGAAGAUGCUAAAGGGAUAUUUAUCAAGUUUCUGGCUUGAAGAAGCUGAAGUUGAAGCCAAGUUUAUGUGUUUUCACAAAUAUGCAAAAUACAUCAUGUUGCGUUUUUAGUGUUUUUUUUUUUUGGUCUCAUCCAGGCAUCCGUUGGUUUCAAGUCCAACUUUGUGACGUAUUCAAGUGCUUCAACCUGAAAACACUAUCACUAAAACAAAUAGUGCGUCUGUAAACUAUGAUAUAAACUGUGGUCAGUGAAUUAUUUUAAUGAGCUUGAAUUCAAACAAAAAGCUCCUGAAAUGUAGUGAAAGAAUAAAAAAUCUACUCAGAGGUAGCAAGUAAAGAAGUUAAAACAAAGUGUUUAUUUACCAAGUUUUAUGAUUUAUCCUUUUUAUUUUGUGUCAUUUACUCAUGAAUUAACUAUUUAAUGUUUUGUUUGUUUUAUUCUGUUUGGGUCCUAAAUAUGUGAAAAGAUUCCUGCUUUGGAUUUGAUAUCUGCUGCGUAUAUUAAAACCAAAACACAUUUAUGCCUGUGUGAGAAAUGUUUAUUGAAAAAUCUAAUAAUAAUGACACAGUUUAAAAGCAGAUGAAGCAACUACACUAAUGGAAAAGAUGUAUUAUACAUUUUGUGGCUUUUGGGAACUAAAAUGUGAAUGUUAUUAAACUAUUUUACUGUGAAAGUUUGGCUUGAGCUGAGAAUGUGAAUGUAUGAAAGAAGAGUCAAUAAAAGGAGUGGAAAUGUC